AUGAAUCUUAAUCGAAACUUAUCGGCUCCUCCCAUCGAAUCAUCGAGACGAAAACACUCAACACGAAAGCACUUGGACAUUCAUAAUAUUCCUCUCCAAAAAACGCCAGCAGUCAGAGAAAUUGUAGGUUAUGUCAGUCGUAGAUUAUACAUAGUACACUUCUAUCUAACUCGACUUACUAUAAUAAGCGAUAUAAUGUCUUGUUUAGCUAUUUCGAGUAUCAUUCUUAUGAUUGUAGAAAAUGAAUUAACGUUUAAUUGUAUUGACAAUCAAGAUACAAAAGUUAGUUGGUCUAUUAAAUUAAUAAUUACGAUCACAACAAUUAUUCUUCUUGCUCUUAUUUUAUAUUAUCAUUAUUUGAAUAUGAAAUUUUAUGCUUUUAGAAAUUCAAUAAGAGAUUGGCGUGUCCAAGUGACAUCUGUGAAGAUAUUCUCGAUUAUGAUUGAAUUCUUAAUCUGUUCAAUUCAUCCAAUGCCUCGAUCAUAUCCUUAUAUAAACCCUGAAAGAAUUAAUUCAACAUCUUUCUCCGAUCCUUAUUCUUUAUCUUAUACGGCUAUUGAUGUUGGACUUGGUCUACCGAUGUUUUUACGUCUUUAUCUUCUCGGUCGAACUAUUAAGAUCCAUUCGAAAAUGAUUCGUAAUCCACCGUUGAGGCUAGUGGGAUAUCUCAACCAUGUUACAAUUGAUCCUUUUUUUCUGAUUAAAUCGUAUCUUCUACAUCGGCCAAUGAAAUGUUUCUUGACAAUUGUUACUCUUGUCUUUUUGAUCGGCAGUUGGUCUCUCCGUGCUUGUAACUACACAUCUACGAGAGAACAUGUCUCAAUGUCUGAUUCGAUGUGGCUUUUCGUCGUAACAUUUACUACGAUUGGUUAUGGAGAUCAAUAUCCAUCGACUUAUUGUGGACGAAGUAUUGCAACUAUAAUUGGUUUAAGCGGUCUUUCAUUAACAGCGAUAUAUACUGCUAUUCUUUCCCAAAAGCUUCUUCUAAAUCGAGAAGAAAAGUAUGUUCAUACAUUCGUAUUAGAUGCUGACUUACAUAAAAUAUUCCGAAAUCAAGCAGCAAAUGUGAUUCAAUUUGCUAUAAAAGAUUUGAUACUAAAACGGCAGAAUAAACUGACUUCGAUUGAAUCUUUUCAAGUCCAACGUAGAUUAUUUCAAUCAAUACUCGCUUUUCAAACAGCUCGAAAAGAAAGAAACAAUUUAAUCCAUAGUUGUGCAGGUUUUCGCGAAUUGAUGAACGUUCAACAUCAUACGAAUGAGCAGAAUAAACAAACAAUGAAACAAAUAGAAAAUAUUCAAAAUGAAAUCAAGGAGAUCAAAGAUAAAUUCAAUAAUCUAAAUAAUAAUAUGAAUAUUUUACUAAACAAACUAAAUGGUAUAUUGAAUUUUGAGACUGAGUAA